UAUAAUCGUCGGAUCUGAAAAAACGUGUGAAAUCUUCGUCAACUGGAAAUAUCUUAUUUUAGACUUCCGACUUCUGUUCCUCUAUUUUACAGAAAGUUUCGAAUUUAACAGAAUCCUUUAACAACCCCGGACCAAAUUUCAUCGUCUUCUUCAUCAUCCUCAGCUCGCAGCAAAUUUGUUAGUGGAAUGCUCUUAAUCAAUUGAGCUGUUACUUUAGAAGUCACUUUCCUGUACUUUCGUGGCUGGAGGAGCCUCUCUAAGUAAGAAUGGCAGUGAAUACUUCUCAGCAUGGAAAUAAUGCAUCUUGUGAAGGUAAAGAUUUUCCUGCUUACCUUCAUCUGGGUACACGUGGUUGGUACUUCACCAAAGACGAAAUAGACAAUUAUUCGCCAUCUAGAAAGGACGGGGUCGACCGGGCCAGGGAAUCUUCACUUCGCAAAUUAUAUUGCUCGUUUCUUAAAGAUCUUGGCAUGAAGCUUCGAGUGAGCCCUGUAACAACGGCCACUGCGACGAUGUUCUGUCAUCGAUUUUAUAUGCGCCAAUCUCAUGUAAAGAAUGAUUGGCAGACAGUUGCAACUGCAUGCAUGUUUCUUGCUUCCAAAGCGGAGGACAACUUACGUCCAUUGAGGGAUGUGGUAUUGGUGGCAUAUGAAUUAAUCUAUAAAUGGGAUCCUUCAGCUACUGAGAGAAUCAAACAGCGGGAAGUUUAUUAUAAGCAGAAGGAACUAAUUCUAGUUGCCGAGAACCUUUUACUAGUGACAAUUGACUUUGACAUGGGUAUCCAACAUCCAUUUAAGCCUCUUGUUGGUGCCUUGAAGAGACUGAAGAUCUCCAACAAUGAUGUUGCAAAAGCGGCUUGGAAUCUUGUCAAUGAAUGGCUUAGAACAACGUUAUGCUUGCAGUAUAAACCCCACUACAUUGCUGCUGCAUCCUUGUCAGUUGCAGCCAAGCUUCUCAAUUUCAAGCUGCCAAUGAUUGAUGGAAAAAUUUGGUGGCUGCAGUUCGAUGUAUCACCCAAGCAACUAGAAGAAGUUACACAACAAAUGCUUCGGUAUUUCAAGCAUGAUGAAAAACAAAAAGUACCACAAGUGUCUAAUGAUGUGAUCAAAGCACCUAGUUUGAAAGUUGAAAAGGCCACAACUACAAGUCAGAGUGCUCAAAGCAGCUUAACGGUUGGUUCAGAUCUUGGGACGAAUCCUGCUCUAGUGGCUGGCCGGGAGCAAAAUUCUCAAUCAUACAAGUGUGGGAUGAAGGGUACUAACCAAGUUAUGGCGAAGGCAGCAUCAGAGUAUCAGUCAAGUGACUGCUGUAGUGGAAUUAGUAGUGUCAUUGAUUGUGAUAGUGUUGAUACAAGUUCCAAAACUGCUAAUGUAGAUGAUGCACUUGGAAAAAUUGAUGUGGACAGGCUUAAAGGGGCAUUCCAGCGAACACGGCGUGUAAAAUUCACUAAAAAUAAGGUUGUGGUAGCAGGACAAAGCGAACUGGAGAGUGAUCUUUUCAUUGAGAGUGAACUGGAGAAAGGAGUAGAACUUGAGUAUAUGGCUGCUGUUAAGAGACAAAAGGUGCUUUAAGAUUAUUGUACGAGGUGGAAUUCGAAAUCUCCAGCUAUCACUUAUUAUUGCAAAGCUUUUAUCUUAUUGGAUUGUUAUUAUUAUUGUAUGGAUUCUCGGUAUGCUCAAUCGUAGAAAUGAUGUAUACCAGUAAUUUGGAUGUAAAUAUUUUGCCACGGGAUAUGCCUGCUUGGUUGCUUCCAAUGCUGGCAUGAGAUUUUGAUUCUAUUCAAUGAUAGAUAGCGCAAUGCCAUUUUUAGCUAUGA